UCAAAUGACACUUUCAAGCUUUUACGAGAGCAAAAUAAUAAAACUAGAAAAAGAAAAAGAAAAAAAAAAUAUCUAUAAGUCAACAGAUUAGCGUGGCGACAAUUAAUUGGGCCUGGCCAUAACCGUAAACAGGUACCUUGUUUAGUCCACCACCGUGUUGAUAUCACCAUUGGCAGCAUGUCUUCGAAAAUGAGUUGUCCUAAUUCUCUACUUUUCAAUGUAAAAUAAAUGGGAGUUUAAUCAAUCUUUUCUGAUUACAUAUGCAAAAUACCACUUUUUUUUAACCUUUUUGGAGUAGUUAGUUUUAUAUAUUUGAUAUGGUUGUGGAGUAGUUAGCCUCUGCUUACGUACGUUCAUAUAUCAGAUAUCGUACAUCUACAUCACAAAGAAAAUAUACAAAUCUCUUUCAUUUUUGAAAAAUAUAUAUAUAUAUAUAUAUAUAUAUUACAAUAAUCUUUCAAAACAAAACAUACAAGAAUAUUAUUAUGGCAACUCCAUUUCUGAAUGAAUUGAAGAAGCAAGCUUCGUUCUUCUUCAAAGACAAGAUUAAAACUGUUCGUUUGGUGCUCACUGAUGCAACUCCUACACAACUAAUGACAGACGAAGCUACAAAUGGGAAUUCAUGGCCACCAGACACACGUACCUUUCGAGUGAUUUCGAGGGCUGCUUUCGAUAUUGAUGAUUACUGGAGGAUUGUGGAGAUUCUACACAAGAGGUUCAACUGGGGCUUUUGUGUGAAAAAGUUGUCAGAGAGAGUAUUGAAGCUUCUUGAAGAUGAGUUGUUUCGUAAACAAGAGAGGGCCAAAGCUCAUAAUCUAACUCGAGGAAUUCAAGGCUUUGGGAGCUUCAAUCAGCGUUCCUCUUCCAAUUCAAAAGAAAGCUUGGAAUUCUUCGCUAGUAAGACUUACGGGAGAUGUAAUUCUCAUUACAAUGAACAUGGUGAUCAAAAUCAGAAAACCAAGUUCUUGGCCUCGAACGGAUUUUUCUUUGUUGAUGAAGAUGGGAUUGGCAAGAAAAGGCAUAUCGAUUUGGAAUCCAGAAAACCAGAAAAGUAUUCAGAUUCUAACUGGUUGAGUGAAGAAGAUGAAUACAGCACAGAGGAUCAUCCAUUUUGUACUAAGAACAAGCAUCCGCUCACAGAUUCCCUGCUUUCUUCCGUAGAAUGAAAGCAUGAAAUUAAGAACAACUUAUAGGUUUGCUCUAGGAUUGCUGUUCUAAGAAUUCCACUUUGUGUACGUAGAAAUUAGAACUGUUUGAGACGACUUAGUUGUAGACAUAUAAUUUCGUGUAUAGUGAAAAAUAUUUAAAUGAUUUGUUGCUAAAAUUUAAAAAAGAAAAACCUU